UUUAUUGAUUGGCUCCACACUCUCUCUUUCUGUUUCCAUUUACUCUCUGAUUCCCUCCGGAGAUUCGGGUCGUUUAGAAAUGGCGUCUUCCCCAUCGACGAGCGAAGAGCCGAGACAAGAACCACCGCCACCGCCACAACAAGAAGAGGAAGGAGGAGUGAAGGAGUGCAUACACAAGACGAAGACGAUACAGUUCCUCGGCCGCACCACUCCUAUCGUUCUCCAAAACGACAAUGGACCAUGCCCUCUCCUCGCCAUUUGUAAUGUUCUUCUGCUGAGGAAUAAUUUGAAUUUGAGUCCUGAUAUAGCCGAAGUUUCUCAGGAGAAGUUGCUUUCUCUGGUUGCAGAGCGAUUAAUUGACUCCAAUAGCGAUGUUCAUAAUAAAGAUGCUGGGUAUGUUGAAAAUCAACAGCAGAAUAUUGCAGAUGCGAUUGAUUUGCUUCCACGACUGGCUACCGGGAUUGAUGUAAAUAUAAAGUUUAGGAAAGUAGAUGAUUUUGAAUUCACGCGAGAGUGUGCCAUAUUUGACCUACUUGACAUUCCCCUUUAUCAUGGUUGGAUAGUGGAUCCGCAGGAUUAUGAAACUACAAAUGCCAUUGGGUCAAAAUCGUAUAAUGAGCUUACAGGUGAGCUUGUUGCCCUGGAAACACGAAAUGCAGACUGCAAAUGUAGCAAUAAUCCUGAAGAAGAUUCCAUUGAUUUUGCUGCUGCAACUACUGCAACUCUAGGAGUUCCUUCUCCAUGCCUUUCAAACGUCGGAUCAUUUGAUGAAUCUCCUCAUUCUGUUUCUGAUCAUAAAAGUUCAAGGAUAGGGGAUCUCGAAGAAGAGGAAGAGCUUCAGAGAGCUUUGAAAUUGUCAGAGGCUGAACCGCCUGCUUCAGAUGUUGAUUCUGUCUUGAUCAAUGCUAGUGAAGGGACCAUGUCUGUCAGGUCAGGAGAAAGUACUUGUUCCAAGGAGUUCAUGCCUGUAGACUCUGUAGAUUCAUCAGAGCAGCAUGUUGGCAGCGAAAAUCAAAGCUUUUGUCUGCCUGACCCAUUCAUAUCAGAUAAUCACGCAAUUUCAAGCAAUGGUAUUAAGAAUGCAGCAUGUUUUGAGGCUAUGUCCAAAGAAAGAGCAUCUCCGCCUUCACAAGUGAAUUUAAUUGAACUUGGUGUAUCCAGUGAUGCAGAACAUAUAGGAUUUGUCCCUUCUAAUGACGUAGUUGAGAAUAGUGGUACUGAGAAAGUGUUCCAAAUGAAAGGGGUCCUUCCCAGAAAAGAUAUUGCACAUGUGGAUGAUAGCUCAAUGGAGAUUACACAGGGGUGUGAAAAGGUUGGAAAAACCAGUGUUCUAGUGGCAGAUUACCCAAGUGGGUGUGACAUAGUAGAAGCAUCUCCUUUAUCUGCACAAAAUGCAGAUUCAGACUCCUCAAAUGACCGGACACCAUGCACAGAUGUAUCUGAAACUGUUGCUUCAAGUGUUGGUGACAGUGAACCUAUGUAUGAAGGAGAAGAAUGCAUAUUGGAUUCAGCAGCUGCAGUUUAUGAAGACCGAGAACCUGUUUAUGAAGGUGAAGUGGUUCUUGCGGAACAAGCUGAUGAAAGCACUUUGGCUGCCUCGAGAGUGAUAUCUAAGGAUGAAAUCACUACACAACAAGGAGAGCUUAUAAGGAACUUUCUUAGGAACAAUGCUAGUCAAUUGACCUUUUAUGGGCUUUUCUGCUUGCAAGAUGGUCUCAAAGAACGUGAACUCUGUGUUUUCUUCCGCAACAAUCACUUCAGUACCAUGUUUAAGUAUGAAGGUGAACUAUAUCUCUUAGCCACUGACCAAGGAUACAUAAAUCAGCCUGAUUUGGUAUGGGAAAAGCUAAAUGAGGUCAAUGGGGACACUUUGUUCAUGAUGAGUAACUUUAAGGAAUUCAAGGUGGACAAUCGUGGAAAUGAUACCUGGGAUGAACGAAAUGCUAUGGCCAGUACCGCUGACUAUCUUGCCUCUGUAGAUAGUGCAGCACAUGCGGGUUUGGACAUAAAUUCUGAUCUGCAGCUGGCAAUAGCUCUGCAACAGCAAGAGUUUGAGCAACAGCCACAACAGCAGAAUUUGCAGCAACAAAGCAUUAGUGAUAGUUCAAGACUUAUCAUCGGCCCCCAGGCACCAAGAAGCAGUACUGGUCGGAGCUCAUCUUCAUCCCCCAAGCCGGAUAGCAAGGCAAAAGACAAGUGUAUUGUGAUGUGAAUGCUGCAUCUGCAGGUAGGGGGAUUGGGGAAUUUGUGCUGUAAAAUGGUUUGCAUCUUUAGCCAUCCCCAUUGUAUCCCAGGACAUUAAUAAACUUUGCAAAUGUAUAUUUAUGUUGAUUGAAGUCUUUGGCUGGUAAAAAUGGAAGUAUAAAUUUCCAUAGCACUAGCCUCUGCAGAUCUUUUAUUUUUGUGUUUUUUUGUUCAUAUUGUUCAUGUAAACAUUUGCCUUUCUCAAGUCCACCGCAGCUCCAUUUGUCGAACUCUCCGGCACUACAGGAAUCCUGUUUUGUAUGUUCUUCGAGAAACAUUUUACUUUUCUUUUCCUUUUUCCCAGAGAAAGAAAAUGAGAAUUGUGUAUAA